CAUUCACGAUCCGAGAGACAGACGUAAACGAAAUAUUACCGUGAAGAUGUGUGUGAACACCGAAAAUUGCCACUGCGAAAUAAAUGAUUGGGUCGGCGAGAUGCUGAAGCGGGAAAAUUUGUCGAAAUACAACGUAAUUGUGAACGGGACAUCUGAAAAGGGAGACGGAUAUUUGGGUGACAUAAAAUUCGUACACGUGUGGGGAAAUGAGUCCGACGGCAACGUACGCGAAUUCGACCUCGUCAUAAAACACGGAAAGAAGAACGAAGACCUACGGCAGAAAUUGCCAGUGCGACUUGCUUUCCAGCGCGAGAUUUUUGUUUACACCAGAGUCAUGCCUACAUUCCAAACGUUUCUGAUGGAGAAAGGCCUAUGUAGGUUCGAUGCGGCUCCCAAAUGUUACGGUACGCUACUUCUAGAUGAUCAAGAGGUUAUAGCUUUUCAGAAUUUGAAGAAAAUUGGAUACGAGUUGCACGAUAGAAGGAUUCCGAUGGAUUUGGAGCAUCUCCGGCACACUUUGGGAGUUUACGGGCAGUGGCAUGCAAUGUCACUCGCUCUUAAGGAUCAAAAUGCGGAACAGUUUGAAAAAUUGGGACGCUUGGGUUGCGUUUGGAAGGCUUUCUCGAAAAAUAAAGAGUUUCAGGACAUGAUUGUCGGCACCGAAAACGUGUUUCGCAGUAUCCUCGAGGAAAGAAAUGAAAUUGAGCUGCUGCGUAAAUUUAAAGAGAUGAUAAAGCCGUCGAUCUGGGACGUUUGGCAAGAAUUGUUACAAGUAGAUGAAGAACGGAGCGUGAUUAGUCACGGCGAUUGUUGGAACAACAAUUUUAUGUUUAAGUAUCGGGUCGAAGACCGACUACAGCCUACCAAAGUAUCUCUCCUGGAUUUCCAACUUUCGCGCUUAGCAUCUCCCGUGUUUGACCUGUCAUACCACCUUUACCUAGUUUGUUCUGAAGAAGAACUGAGAGAUUUUACGAAGUUGUUACGGAUAUAUCACAAAUCUCUGUCGCAUCACCUGAGGCACCUAGGUAGUGAUUCGGAUAAACUAUUUCCAUUUUCGACGCUGAUCGAUCACUGGAAAAAGUAUUCGCUCUUUGGAUUGAUACUGAGCGGAACAGUCCUGCCGCUCACCACAAGCGAUAAAGAGGACACCUUGAACAUUGAAGAUUUGGACGGGGAUUCGAUUUCGAAUUUGCUAACGAAGUUUGCUGGAAGUUCCAAAACGAAUUUGGAAAAUAGAAUCGUGGCGAUUGCGAGACACGCGGUAGAAUUUGAAUUUUAAGUACAUUGCAUUUGGACAGCAGUGUGUCAAUGUGAACAAUGUGUCAUGCAUAUGUUGACCAUUGUGACUACAGGGUCGCCAAUGGUUUUUUCAGAUAAGUCCAAUCGCAUCUGGGCUACAUUUUUCAUACAGUCGUUUUAUAUCACUUAAUACAUUCAAAAUUUAUAGCUAUUUAUUGCAAUAUGGCAAUGUUUUUGUAAAUUAAUGUUUCAAAGGUGUGGGUAGACAUGUGCAACCCGGAGUUGUUUAUGUGUAUGUUAAACUAGUUUUUACAAGAUGAUACCACAACUUCUUAAAAGGCAUGUAAAAGAGAUUAAAAUUCAUUUUUAGCAAAAA